AUGAAUUAAGACUUAGAUCAGAAGUCAAUAGUAUAAAAAGAUUAUCAUAAUAAUAGGAUUAAAUAAUUGAUAAAAAAUUAGCUAUGAUGGAGGCUGAAUAUGAGAUGUUUAAGAAAUAUGACAAUCCAAAUUACAAAGGAGCUGAUUAUCCUAUUGAUUAAAUUAAUAAUUUAAACAUUGAAAAUGAAUAAAAAGAGAAAGAUGAAGAAAAAGAAAAAGAAAAAGAAAAAGAAAAAGAGGAAAACUAGAAUUUAGAUGAAGAUGAUGAAUUUUAAGAAUUUCAAGGUUAUGAAAAAAUGGAUGAAAAUUCUGAUAAAGAAGAAGAUGAUGAAAUAAAUUAUGAUGAAGUAGAACAUAUUGAUCCUUUUGCUAAACCAUUAGAUGUAGAUCUAAUUAAGAAAUGUAUGGCAGAAAUCUAAUUACCAACUCCUGCUUGGGCUUAAAGUAUGUAAGGAUGGGAAUAAAAAUUGAGUUAAAUGAAAUAGCUAUGAU